CCACACAGCUCUGAUUCACACACAGCGGGUAGCUGGUUUAGUUAUAUCGCUGAGAUUCGUACAGACAGAGCUGCACAGUGGCUUUAGUUUAGUCUCACAUCCGUUUAACUCAGUGUUUCGCCUCUGUCAGUGUCCAGCUUCACCCAGAGCCGGUGAUAGGAGAGCGGAACGGAGCCUGGAGGCGGGCAGGCGGACUGAGCUGCUCCACUGACCGGGGAAGGAGAGGGGCUGAGCGGGGGGAUCUGUGGAUCUGUGCCGCUCCCUCCAGCUGCUGCUGUCCGCCGGAAGUAACCCUGUCCUGGCUAAGCGCUAACGGAGAGGCUAGGCUAGUGGAGGAUCCAGAGCUGGAGCUACAGCUCUGACAACAACAUAUGGGACGCGUUAGUUCACUAUAGGAGGUGGAAGAGCUGCUGCUGAACCAGAUGAAGAACAAGAUUUACACACAAUUAUUUCAUUCUCAUUCAGAUCAAACUCGUGGAUGCAGAGAACCGGAAGAAGUGAUGGAGACCCUGAGAUAUUAGGAACGCUAUCUGGAAGCUUAUGCUACAAGACUUUUGACGCCACACUUCCUCCUUACAGCCACUCUAUUACGGUUAUUUUGGAUGCAGCUGAACAAGCAGAAAAAGAGAAAAAAGACCUUCUCUUUCCUCAGUGGACUUACAUAGUUCUGCAGUGAUGAAAGAGUAAAUUGUCUUGGAAAGCUGUGCUGAGACAAAUCCAAGUGGAUACAAGAGUGAAAAGUUGGAGUUGGGGGGGCGUUUUAGCGCCAUUGUUUUCUUGGUGGCAUAGACAGCCAGGCAGGAAAAGCAUCCCUGUAGGAUGACCAGUCUGUUUCGACGAAGCAGCAGCAACGGCGGCUCUCGUGGGGGUGGCAGUGGCAAUGGUGGAGGUGGCUCAAGUGCAGGAGAGCUCAACAACAGCAGGCCCAACCGGCAGGUUCGGCGUUUGGAGUUUAACCAGGCAAUGGAGGACUUCAAAACCAUGUUUCCCAGCAUGGACUACGAGGUUAUUGAGUGCGUACUACGUUCAAACAAUGGGGCAGUGGAUGCUACCAUUGACCAGCUGUUGCAGAUGAGCAUCGAUGGCAAUGAAUCAGAUGAUAGCUCGGACUCAGACGACAGCAUCCCACCAGAGAUUCUGGAGAGGACCCUGGAGCCAGACAGCUCAGAUGAGGAGCCGCCUCCAGUCUACUCCCCGCCUGCCUAUGAUAUGCACAUAUAUGACAGGAAAUAUCCCAAUGCUCCACCCACUCCACCCCCCAGGUUUGAAGCUCAGCCCCCUCCAGUGCAACCUCCUCCAGAACAGCCCCCUUCAGCACCCCAAAAUCGACAGAACCGAGGUUACAGGAACUGGAACCCUCCGUUGCUUGGCAACUUACCUGAUGACUUCCUGCGAAUCUUACCCCAGCAGUCAGACAGCAUACAGAACUCUCAGAGUGGUUUCUCUGACCCCUCAUCAUCCGCAGCAUCUUCCCUGUCAUCAGUGCCGCAGCAGGCUGCCAGUGCUACAGCAGCGCCUGGAGCAUCCGAACAGGAGCGCAAGUUGAAGCAGUACCUGGAGGACGAGCGCAUUGCUCUCUUUCUGCAGAACGAGGAGUUCAUGAAAGAGCUGCAACGCAACAGAGAGUUCCUCAUUGCGCUGGAACGAGAUCGAAUUAAAUACGAGUCAAAGAAAUCCAGGUCAGGUCAUUCAGCAGCUGGAAGCUCUACAGGUGACCACCACUAUGCUCCCGGAUCCAUAGACGGAGUGUCAGACGAUGCUUUGUUUAGAGACAAACUCAAGCACAUGGGAAAAUCAACCAGAAAGAAACUGUUUGAAAUCGCCAAAGGGUUCUCAGAAAAGACAAAGCGAAGGAAGUCCAAAAGGAAAACACUCUUGAGGCAUCAUUCACUUGGCACUGCCAACUCCACUGCCAACCUAUUGGAUGAUGUGGAGGGAAACCCUUGUGAAGAGGAAAAUCAGCUCAGAAGAUUGGCCACUCAGGAAGAGGAGCGGCCCCACAGGGAAGCGCUGUCUUGAUCCCUUCAGCCGUUUGGCAUAUUUAAGUUUUCCAUGGUGACAGCCGAAUGACCCAUGGUAGGCGGCCCUGUGGCUCUGUGGCACCACCCCUGGCUUCGGAGGAACAGUGCCCGCCCACACAGAAAGAAACUGGUGAUUCUAAAGCAGCAUUGUAACGAGCAUAUACUUAUUGUUACCUGCAUUAUAUUAACUGUAUUAUAACUAUUUGUUAAUAUAUGGUUUCAUAUGUAAAAAUGAACAGAUACAGUAUUCAUUUCAUAUUUUUUGGUUUCUAUGAGAAUGCCUGUAUAAUGCAAAGAAAUUCUUACUUUAUACUAGGUUUUGUUUGUGAACUAAUUUUUACUUUAGGUAUAUUUUCCCCAUAAUUAUUUAUGGUUUUAAAAUAGCAAAAUGUGGCUUGUCGCUAAUGAAAAAGGCAAACAAGCUCGCAUCAUUUUUAGAUAUUGGUCCAAAGCAUUCAGUCCUACUAAUGGCCAUGUGUUUUGAAAAACAUUGAUGUGGAAUGUUUACUACAGCGCAUCUGAGGAAGUCCCCAAGAAUCCAACCCUUUAAGAACAUGACACAUGAAAUGUAUUACACGGUGGCCACAUCUGAUUAGUUUAGUCCAUUCUUUCUAAUUACAGUAUCACCAAAAUGCCUUUCCUAAUGUGUUUUCUGUAGAAGUGAGUAUAUUAAGAACUCUGAGAAGUGAGUAUAUUUAGUUCUGGCUGGCUAAAGUAUAGGCUUGGAGAUACGAACAUCAAGAAUCUGUUAUUUCAGUGCCUCCUUAUUGUACGACCACAAGCAAAACUAAUAGCCACUUUGGCUAAUUCAAAUGACAUCUUUGCUAUGGAGGCAACAUCCAACCUGCUAGACUAAAUCUUCUCCUGUUUAGCCUCUGUACAUGAUGGACAGCCCUUUGACACUUUUACAGUACUUUUAUUACAGUAGUCGUUAUAGCAAGAAUCCAAUUAAAACAUUUUUUAAAAACAUUUUUUUAAAACAUGGGCAAGGGCACAGAUCUGAGAGUGAACCUCUACUUGCACUGCCAUAUCAGUUUCAUAAUCUAUUUUAAUACAGUGUUUUUUUCUAGCUUUUCUGGGAGAACAAUAGAAGAGGUGGUUAAGCCAGUAUUAAUAUAAUCUAAACAAUUCAAUUUUAUGCCAGUAUUUUUUAUUUUGUAUCUAACAUGAUUUGGAUCAGCAGAGUGAAGUUACUGAAUUUGGUGCACAGAACAAAAUGAAUGAUGCCGGAAUUGUUAGUUUGGCUGGAUUACAUGAUAUGAGUUUGCAGAAAGUAAAGGUGUCUUCAAGAAUAUGACCUUCUGUAACAUUGUAAUAUAGCACCAACUCCAUGUGAUAGUGGGUGAGCACAGUCUUAGUGUUGUCAUGACCUGCUUCUGUCUAUAUCUGCCAAAGCACAGGGAUUCAGUGGUUUUUUGUGCCAUUAUUGCAGUGAAUUGUUUGUAAAUUAGAACUGUUUUGGUUUUUCUCUUGGAUUUGUUCAUAAGUGGCAUAUUCAUCUAUGAAAGUGUGUUUGUUCAAAACACUGCUUUUGUCCGUCAGAAUGUGAAUGGAAAUGUAUUCUACCGUUACUGGUUCUUGAUGGCAUUUUUUUUUUUCAUGUCCAGUCAUGAAGGACACUAGGUUCAGAGGUUCCCUGCUUUAACACACUUGAUUCAGCGAACAAUGACCCCUACAGCGUUAUUUUUUUACCCAAAACGCAGAAUAGAAGCAGUUUAUCUGAAAUAGCUAUAUCAAAACAAUGACUGUAGAAAAACAGGGAUGUUAAGUUUAUGAUCCUUUUCGUUUUACAGAAAUUAAACCAGAAUUGUUUGCCAUGUCAAGUUUUGCAUCCAGAUUCUGUGCAGUAGAGGCCAGAGUUGGAGCCAGACUCACCUACUCGUUUGAUGGGUCUGCAUCAUUUUUGCAGCCCAAUCAUGUCAGACCAAUUUGAUUAAGGUUACAGCACAACCUAAAAGACCAGAAGCAAAAUGGAUUUUCCAUUUGAUGCCCAGUUUGUCCAGUGUAAUGUUUCAGCAGUAUACGUGCAGUUCAUGUUUUGCUAUUUUCAUCAAAUUGCAGUACCUCUGCACAAUACUGUUUGCUCUACAGAGACAAACCAAAGGUACAGCAGUCCAGUUUAAACAAAUGAGCUACCAUGAGAGUAUUUGUACACGCUAAUGAAGAUUUAAAAGAAGAAAAAAUAUUGAAUAAAAUUGACAGUAGUUUAAGUGCAGCACCUUCAAUUACAGUAACAUUAGUUUGCUGACAAAUUACUGGUUAGUUUUUUUUACAUAGUGUUUGUUAAUGUGACUAACAGCACAAAACAAUAUGAUAAAUUAUAGUAUAAUUAGCUAGCUAGUUGCCUGGAAACUCAACAGCAAGUCAGCUUCUCCAUGCACUAAAAAGAAAGUUCCUGCAUACAGUCUGUUGCAGCCAAUGCUGUCAAUGGCUUAGUUCCUAAAAAAAUAGCAAAAUAAUGUUUCAAAAACUGGGGGAAAUACAAAAUGUGCCUGUGCUUUUUUUUUUUACGGUAAUUUGGCUAAAAUGUUAAAUCAGUUAAAUAUUCCCAGGGCAUUAAUGAGUCUUCACAAAAUAAUAGAAAAUUCAAGAUUGUGAAUUCAACUUUAAGAAAUAUAUGUAAUAAAAAUGUUAAUUAAAUUAGUUAAAUGUUUGUCAAAGGUGCACCUAAACAUCUCUCAAUUCUGUUAGACCAAUCAGAUCAAGCUGUGUGGCAUUUUCUCUCAUCAUACCAAAUGUGGAUGCUGGGUUAACUGUAUUGAACAGUUUCAAUGUUUGAGUUUAAUCAGGUGUGUUCAAGCAGGAAGAACCUGGACUGGGAGAACCUUGCUAUUGUAAACUGAUAGUCCAUCAAUGGUAUAUGUAUGCAGAACUCUCUAAAGCAAGAUCAUGUCAGGUGACCAAAAGCUGCUGAGGAACAUACAAUGUUUGUCUGAUCUGUCUGGUGAUAUUCGGACAGUCUGAGUUAGAAGGACAGUUACUUUGUAAGGAGUAAAACCCCUAUACGAGGUAUUCAGAAGGUUGGUAGGAUAUCCAGUAGUUUGUAUUUGUUGUAAUUGUUCGUAAGAUCACUUGCUCUUCCACACAAAUUAGGUGUAAAUUGACUGUAAAUUCAUGCCACAUUAACAAGCAGCUGUAAUCCACAUGAGUCGUCUCCCACUUGGGCUGUUCACACUAAUACAUUUAUCCUCUCAGGGAACUCGCUCUCGUCUAAUUGUUCGGUACAAGCACAACUUGAAUGAACAUAGAAACCGAUAGGAAGAACUGUUAGGAAGGUUCAUGUAGCACACUCGUAUAUGCUUUUGUAACGCAAUAAAAACUAGAAUUCUAACCAAAAAUUUUUUACAGCGUAAAGCCGGAAAAAAUAAAGUAUUCUAGGACUGUUUGUCCUCCAGUAUGUUCAUGUUUUUUUCAUUUUAGUUUGACAUGCUCUUGAAGUCAUCAUACCUAAAAUUGUCUCCAAAGUCCGUUCAUCUCAAUAGUCUUUAUUAAGGGUGAAGUUAAGUUGAGUCUGUUUUAUAUGAUGGGGAAAGUUUACAAUGUGCCGUGUUGAGUGGUGUAAUGAUCAGUGGAAUGUAGUCUUUGUGCUUUUAAGUAGAAGAAAAGUUUCACCUUUCGUCAAAUCAGAUGGUCUGAAUAUUUUAUUAAAGUUAGAUCAUUUUAAUAAAUUCCUUAAUGAAUUACAUCUAUUUUUUAUUUUUGUUCCUUUUUGUUUUUAGAAAUAAAUCCUUUUUUCUAGGACUAUGACUGUGUCUGCCCCACCAAUAAGUGCGAUGGUUCUGUAGCCAUCAUCCCUCGAUCCUGUUUCCAGAUCCAAACCUUUCUUACAAUCCAGAGAUGUUUAUUAGUUAUUGAAAUAAGUAAUAAAAUUGUUAUACAUUC